AUGGGUUUGUUCACAGAAUUACCAGAGGAGUUCCAAGAGGUGGACGUUAUUGUGGCCGGAGGCAAGAUUCGAGGAGGGACGGCUGGGUGCGUGAUUGCUUCUCGUCUCGCCGAAUCAGACCCAAAUCUGUCGAUUCUGGUCAUCGAGCAGGGCAUGAACAACUAUAACGUACCCCAGGUGGUGCAGCCCGCCCUUUUCCCACUGAACCUUAAUCACGACAGCAAAUACACACUCUUCUGGAAGGGCAACAGGGCACCACAGCUUGCAGACAGGGAGCCCGUCGUCCCUUCAGGCGGGACUCUCGGCGGAGGGAGUUCGAUCAACUGGAUGGUGUACACUCGGGCUCAACGAUCUGACCUCGAGUCAUGGAAGACGCCUGGGUGGUCGUCGAAAGAGCUGUUGCCGUUCUUGAAGAAGUUUGAAACCUACCAUGGCCGAGGUGAAAAGGAGCUGCAUGGUGACAGUGGUCCCGUGAACGUCUCCAGCGGCACCUUCAGAGCUACUCGUGCCGAGAACGACUUCAUUGAAGCCGCGGCCAAAAUUGGCUACCGCGAACUGAAGGAUUUGCAAAAUCUUGACUCUAACAACGGUACCGAGCGUUGGCUGCGCUACGUUGGCCCAGAUGGAAGACGCCAGGAUGCUGCCCACAGGUUCCUUCACCCGAAGCUGCAGAGCGGACACUAUCCAAAUUUGCAUGUCCUGACAGAGAACCAAGUUGUGAAAGUCCUCCUGGAUGAUAAAAAAAGAGCCGUUGGUGUCGAGUACAGACCGAAUCCCAAAUUCCAAGCCGCCGCUCGUGGAAAGUCUCUCCUUACUGCCCGUGCCUCGAGACUGGUAAUCGUCUCGGCCGGCGCGAAUGCUACACCACUGAUUCUUGAGCGAUCGGGAAUUGGCGACCCGAAAAUUCUCAAGCGCGCUGGAGUUCCAGUUGUCGAGGACUUACCCGGUGUAGGACAUGGCUACCAGGAUCAUCACCUGACACUGUACACUUAUCGAACCAGCCUGACGCCGAACGAAACUAUCAACGCUUUUGCCGACGGGCGACUGAAUGUGCAAGAGGAAAUCAGGAAGAACAAUAAGCAGCUGGGUUGGAAUUCCAUGGAUGCCUCAGGCAAGUUCCGUCCCACUGAGCCUGAAGUUGAAAAGCUCGGACCCGAGUUUAAGAGAGUCUGGGAUCGAGAUUUCAAGAACGCCCCUGACAGACCUCUGAUGAUCAUCGCCAUGUACUUGAGCUUCUUUGGUGAUCAUGCUACAUUGCCGGAUAACUCCGAGUAUGUUUCUAUAGCCAAUUGGACGGCGUAUCCCUAUUCGCGCGGGCACAUACACAUCACAGGGCCGAACAUUUCCGACCCUAUUGAUUUCGACGUUGGCUACUUAAAGGACCCCAACGAAAUUGAUGUCAAGAAGCACAUCUGGGCGUACAAGACUCAGCGCGAGAUUUUCCGUCGCAUGAACAUAUUCCGCGGCGAGUUGGCAGCCGAUCAUCCCAAGUUCCCUCCAGGAUCACAAGCUGCUGUCGUCGAAAGGGCAGAUGGUCCUGUUGCCGAUGACGCCAAACGCAUCGAGUAUACGCCCGAGGACGACAAGGCUAUCGAAGAGAAUAUCAGGAAGAUUGUGACUACGACCUGGCACUCAUUGGGAACAUGCAAGAUGGCACCAAGGGAACAGAAGGGCGUUGUGGAUGCCAACUUGAGCGUGUAUGGCAUCAAAGGCUUGAAGCUGGCAGACCUGAGCAUUGUGCCUGAGAACGUGGGAGCAAAUACAAACAACACUGCUCUGUUAGUCGGGGAGAAAGCGGCUGACAUCUUUAUUCGGGAAUUGGGUCUCCGUGGCACGUCUAAGGGGCGCGAUGCGGGGAGGUACUCUAGAGAAAACCUGGACAUUGCUCGACUUUGA